UUACGGUAAAAAUAAAAACGAUAGUUCUAGAAGAAGAAAUAUAAACCAAGAAAUUAAAAUAUAAAAUAUCUCAAUCAACGUUGACCCAAAUUUCUUCCUCGUCCCCUUUUUUUCCUCUCCUCUCUCUUGUCUCACAUAUCUCUCUCUAAUUCUCUCUCAACCACCAUGAUCGGCCAAAGGCAAACUCUAACAAUUUGGCUAAUCGGGAAUUCUUCAACGGCGAGAAAGAACUGAAUCAAAUAUGAAGACGUUCUCAAAAUAAAUAUAAGAUGUUUGAAAGAGAUUGCUUACCCGGGAGAAUUCCUCCAAGUUUCUGAACGCUGUAGUUUUGAUGGCCCCUUCUGAAGAAACAGUGCAUUUCCUGUGUUCCACUUCAAAAAAAAGAGAUUAAAGAAAGAAGAGAAGAGAAGAAACCCAUGUUCUUCAAGCUCGCAAUCAUGGUGUCUCUGUUUGUGAGCUCAGUCUCUGCUGCUUCUGGAGGUCCCAGUUUCAUCUUCAAUGGCUUCCAGCAUGCAAAUCUAUCCCUCGAUGGCAUGGCUGUUGUUACCCCUAAUGGCCUCCUGAAACUGACCAACGAGACCAAGCAAAAAAGUGGGCAUGCCUUCUAUCCUAAUCCAGUAAAUUUUGUCAACUCCUCCAAUGGCAUCUCCUCUUUCUCUACCACUUUUGUCUUUGCCAUUAUUUCUGAAUACCCAUUUCUAAGCGGCCAUGGAAUUGUCUUUGUGGUGGCUCCGAUGAAAGGCUUCCCCGGAGCCACUCCAAGCCAGUAUCUUGGCCUUUUCAAUAAAAGCAACAACGGUAACGCAACCAACCAUGUAUUUGCAGUAGAGCUUGACACGAUUCAGAGUACAGAGUUCAACGAUAUCGAUGCCAAUCACGUUGGCAUAGACAUAAAUGGGUUGGUCUCUGAGAAAGCUGAAUCAGCUGGAUUUUUCGCAGACAACGACGGGAAAUUCAGAAACUUGAGUCUUAUAAGUGGCCAACCAAUGCAGGUUUGGAUUGAAUAUGAUGGUAUCAACAAAGAAAUCAAUGUCACUUUGGCCCCAAUUGACAUUCCCAAACCCAAAACCCCACUUUUGUCUUUCUCCCGAGACCUUUCGUCUGUCAUAAACAACUCCCUGUUCGUCGGAUUUUCAUCUGCCACUGGCUCGGUUUCAACUUCUCAUUAUGUUUUAGGUUGGAGUUUCAGAUUAAACGGGCAGGCUCAAAGUCUUGACAUUGCUCACCUCCCAAAGCUGCCUCGGAAAAAACACAUAUCCAAACUUUUAACAAUUGGGUUGCCUUUGAUUGCUGGAGGGAUUCUUUUGUUGGUGAUUUUGGCCAUUGUUCAUGUGGUCAGGAGGAGGAAGAAGUUCGCUGAGCUGCUGGAAGACUGGGAACUUGAUUAUGGGCCUCACAGGUUCAAAUACAAAGACUUGUACGUCGCGACAAAUGGAUUUAAAGAGAAAGGGCUUCUGGGUUCUGGUGGAUUCGGACGAGUCUACAAAGGGGUAUUACCAAAAUCCAAACUUGAAAUUGCUGUCAAGAGGGUAUCUCAUGAAUCAAGGCAGGGAAUGAAGGAAUUUGUGGCUGAGAUUGUUAGUCUUGGGAGGCUCCGCCACAGAAACCUCGUGCAACUUUUAGGCUAUUGCAGACGCAAAGGAGAGCUGCUUUUAGUGUAUGAUUAUAUGCACAAUGGAAGCUUGGAUAAGUACCUGUUUGGCGAACCGAAUCCCAGUCUGAAUUGGAACCAGAGGUUUCGAAUCAUAAAAGGGGUGGCGUCGGGGCUGCUUUACCUGCAUGAAGAAUGGGAGCAAGUUGUGAUUCACAGAGAUGUCAAAGCCAGUAAUGUGUUGCUAGACAAUGAGUUAAAUGGAAGAUUGGGGGAUUUUGGGCUGGCAAGACUGUAUGACCAUGGAACAGACCCCCAAACCACCCACAUCGUCGGGACACUCGGAUAUUUGGCUCCGGAGCACACCAGAACUGGCCGGCCAACGACCCACAUGGAUGUGUUUGCUUUUGGGGCAUUUUUGCUGGAGGUUGCGACUGGGCGGAGGCCGAUGGAGAUUCGGGGAAUGACAGAAGAUGUAAUAUUGGUGGAUUGGGUGUUUUUAUGUUGGGCGAGAGGAGCUAUUGUGGAGGCCAAGGAUCCAAACUUGGGAACAGAGUAUGUAGCAGAGGAGAUAGAGAUGGUGCUGAAACUUGGGUUGUUAUGUUCUCAAUCCAACCCAAUGGCCAGGCCCAGCAUGCGCCAAAUUGUUCAGUACUUGGAAGGGGACGCUCCCAUGCCGGAGAUGACUUCUAUCGAAACUUCAGAUGGUGAUUAUGAAGGUUUCGAUGAUCUUGCCAUGUCCUACUCGUCUUCCCUGGAUAAGGCUUUCGCUCAUUCUUCUUCUUCCUUCGAGAAGGCUUUCGCUCAUUCUUCUGAUGCUCAGUCUCUCCUAUCUGGUGGCCGUUGAAUGUUGGCUUUUAUCAACGCUUAGUCCACAGAUUGGGAUUUUUUCA